AUGAUGUUCCUGAAGACCGCUCACGCGCCUACAAUCCUAGUGGGCUGCGUUGGCCUCUCCAGCUUUGCGAUGGACGUCCUUGGCACGCGCCUUCAGGAGAAGAUGACCAUGCGUCAGCGCCGCUCUUGGCUGACGGCGAACCAAUACCAUAUGGUACACACAGUGGCUCUGGCGGCUAUUGCGUGGAUGAUGACGCUGGCGAAGGAGUCACCGGAGGCGUCCUCACGGCUGAACAAGGGCUUUUACCUGGUACUAGCCGGUGCCCUUGGGUUUGCCGGCUCCAUCUACUCGCUGUGCCUCCGCAUCUGUCCCAAAUUUAUGGGCCCGCUCACCCCCACCAGCGGGCUUGUGCUGGUGCUGGGGUGGACAAACGUGGCACUGGCGGGCCUAUACUGGUGA